AUGAAUGGAACAAUAAGACACAGCGACGGACUGACAACCCAUGAGAGGCAGCUUGCCCGUGAUGUCGAAGCUCAUGCUCAAGACUACGAAGACAUAAUCCAUCACUUUAUCAAAAUCGUUGCCCCCAUUGGAAUCGUUCUGAACUCAAUUUUUCUCUUCGUGGUAAUUCGAGUGAAGUCCAUGCGCACGAUCAUCAACGUCUAUCUGUCGAAUUUAGCAGUGGCUGACGCUGUCUAUCUGAUUCUGGCCAUGUCGACAACAUGGGCAACAGAAGAUACACACGUAGCUUCAGGUGCUUUCCUAGCUGUUAACAUAGCUUCUUCAACUAUGCACAUUGCUUCGUACUGCUUCGUGACUGUCAUAGCGGUUGAGAGAUUCUCCGCUGUACGCCAACCACUAACCCAGAGAGCGCGAGCGAGCAAGUCACGAGCAGCCAAGGUAUCGGCAGGCGUAUGGGUUGUGGCAGUUGUCACUGGCACUUUGGGUGGCCUCGCAAAUGAUACCAAUUAUGUCACUAACGUGGUUUUCAAUCAAGUAUGUGUGGUCAUCUUCAUCUUGAUUUACCUGGCUACGUUUACCAUAACUAUUUCCUCGCAUAUUUACAUCGUUAUUAAGUUAUGCCACAGUGACCGAGAGCGUCAAGCAGGCCAAACCCGUCGAGUUUACCCCGUUGUCCGCAUGCUGGUCAUCAACACUGCUGUCUUCUACGUGCUCAAUACAUUGGACAUCGUUUACCUUGUCGUCUACCUUAUAUUCCUGUUCUCCUUGCACUCAGCAGCAGAAGCUCUCGAUAUCUACUGGACCAGUGUUGACAUGUUGUUCUGCGCAGCAAUCUUUCGCUUCAUCAACAGCUCCAUCAAUACUCUGGUGUACAGCGUGACGAACAGUCAGUAUCGAGCAGCUUUCUUGGAGGCUUUCCCCCCGCUGGCAAAGCUCCUUCGACAGUGCCACCGCUGCCGCCGACCGCAGCAGACGGAGCAGAUAGAACUUCGAGCGAUUCCACCAGCAAAGGCCGCUCAAGAAUCACCGGCCCAAGCGAAUUGA